AUGGGAUUUGGAAGAAAAAUCUUAAAAAGCUAUAAUUACACGUCAUGUCGGCAUUUAUCAUGUAUCAGAGCUGGAAAAUCUGGACCUCAAGAUAUAUUCCAAGGGGCACCGGGACCACCAGGAGCAUCAGGUUCACCAGGUCCAAAAGGUGACAAGGGAGAUAUGGGCUUACGAGGACCUCAAGGUUAUGGAGGGAAGCCAGGACAGAUGGGUCCCAAAGGUGCCUAUGGUAUGAGAGGACCAGGAGGACGAAUGGGACCAAUAGGACCUCCAGGAAGAAUAGGUUCACCAGGGCCUCCAGGUCGCCAAGGACUUGAUGGAGAUCUUGGUAUGCAAGGAACUGUUGGACGCCCAGGUUCUCCUGGUAUGCCAGGAAAGCCUGGUGACUGUAACUGCGGUGCUGGACCAAUGGCACGUGGACCCCAGCUAGGACCAAUGAGAUCGUCAAUGGGAUCACCAAUGGGACCACCACCAAUCAAUGCUUACAGAAAUCGUCCACCAUAUAUGCCACCUCCAAAGACAUCACAUCCAGGUUCUCGCGGAGUCCCCCCACCAGGUUAUCCAUGGUCACCAAAUUACAACAGAAACCCCUAUCAACAAUAUUCCUCAUUUGGACGUUCAUCAUCGCUCAUAGGUGGAACCGGUCCUAGUGCAACUUCUAAUCCAAAUGGUUCGUGGCGCAAAAAGCCGAUUAAUGCCGAAAACGAGGCACCGGAAGCUUAGAAAUUACGAUUUAGGUUUUCAUGUACAUUGCAUUAUAAUAAUACGAGGUUGUAGUCACUUGUCUAGUUUUGUUUUGUGUAUUGUUCUGUC